AUGGCAUAUAAGCACAGGGAGGCAUCGCCAAACGGAGGGCUAAAGACGUCUAUUCGGCAGAUGUUUCUGAAAUGCCGCGCAGGCUUACAAAAGAUUUCCCGAGAGGCUCUUGACACGGAUUCAGACAGCGAAACUUGUCCGAUUGACUCGCUUUUCGAAACAAAUGCCAAGGACUCCAAAAUUUUUGAUAGAAACAGUGAAGACAGAAACAGCAGCACUUCGGUAGCUCUCACAAAGGAGAUGCGACUCACUGAUGAAGACGACGACCUGGAUGGACUAAACUCAAGCUCUACAAACAAUGAAGCACCUGUUGAAAAAGAAACGUUUUCCAAUUUUGACCCUGUGCAAGAAUGUAACAAACUGCGAAUGGAGAUAGGUGAACCGUUCACAGCAGGUGAGCAGAUUUGGAAAAGGAGACGUGAACUUUGGACAACUGAAACUAGUCCUACUGCAAAGGAAGCGUCUAAAAAGCAUAGAAAGCGCUUUUCUGAGAUAUCCCCACAGCACUACAUUCGCAUUUACAGAAAGCUCGUUUUGGAAGAUGCUCCCUUGAAGGAACCCGUCAAUCUUCAGGAUGCUAUGAAGGUAAUAAAUGCGGGUUGGGUGGAAACUCAGAAAUGGGAGAGAGCAGCUCAGGGUCUUGCUUAG